AUGACAGCGUCGGUGCUUGUCCGUCCGCGCUGGAUCGAGCCGGCGAUGUUCCUGUCCGACAGCGGCUCCGGUGAUGUGACCGGAGGCAUGGAUGGUUUUCCCGGAGGCAACUUCGCUGCGAAUCAGUGCAGGAAUCUGAUGUCGCUCCCGGGAUCGCUGCCUCCCAGCGCUGCGUACGCGUCCAGCGAGGUGCCAGCGCACGGCCGGGGCGAAGCCGUCAAACAGUGCAGCCCCUGCUCGGCUGCCCGGGCCGCCUCCAGCGCCGCGCUGCCCUACGGGUACUUUGGCAGCGGCUACUACCCGUGCCGGAUGCCCUACCAGAGCGGCGUCAGCGCGGGCACACAGCCUUCCCCCGCCUGCAUGGACACGUCCGCUCCCGGAGAGGAGUUCCCGUCCAGGGCGAAGGAGUUUACCUUCUAUCAGAGCUACGCCGCCGGGCCGUACCAGCAAGUGCCCAGCUACCGGGACCUGAGCGCCCCCCCAGAACCCCGGCAUGAGCCUCUGCUGCCCGCGGACACCUACCCGCCAUGGGCGCUGGGCGGCGCCUGGAGCGGCCAGGUUUACUGCGGGAAAGAUCCGCCUCCUCCGGGCGCCCUGUGGAAGUCGCCCCUGCCAGACGGCUCAUCGCGCGGACCCCUGCGCCGCGGGAGGAAGAAGCGCAUGCCGUACUCCAAGGCGCAGCUGACGGAGCUCGAGCGCGAGUAUGCCGCCAGUAAAUUCAUCACGAAGGACACGCGCAGGAGGAUAUCUGGUCUGACCGGCCUGUCCGAACGCCAGGUCACCAUCUGGUUCCAGAACCGGCGCGUCAAGGAAAAGAAAGUGGUCACCAAACCCAAGAGCAACAGUUAGUUCUAACGGAACCAAAAAAUGCAAUAGAAAGAGCCAAGAAAAGGAGAAUGGAAUGGGAAAACAACAUCAACAACGACUCGAAAGCGCUUCGGUUUGGAAUAUCAUUUCCUUGUACCACUUAUUGCACAAAAUAUCCACAUUCUGUCUCCCCGGCGGAGCGCGGACGCACACGACUGCGUACAGAGAGGGAGACGGCAGUUGGGCUCUGGUUUAGAUGAAAACUGAAAAACGUUGGGCACUCUCCUUGACGCUAAAAUCUACUUUGAGAAUAUGUGGCCAGAGUAUGAGAGAAAACGAAAGUUACUCGGAGUGUACUCUAAUCUGCCGAGGAACUAACGCGUGGCAUUCACCAGUAUUUGAAAAUAAUAUCCACAGUGUGUUUGGGGCUUACAAAGUCGCCCAUUUAGCAAUUUAAUACGAGUUGGUAUUUUGAAUGAUUAAAAAGAUGAAGUACUCUCCACAAAAUCUUUAAUUUCUUAUUGAAACAAUC